AUGUUUCUUAAUUGGCCAAACUUUGUAUUGGUUAGUUUCAUUUUUGCAACCAUUUUCUCAAAAUUAAUUAACCUUGACUUACUUACUCCAUCUUCAAAAACUAUCAAAACCCAAAAAAAUACUUCAAAAACUUAUUCAAUUGAAUCACUUGAGAAACUACUCAAAGAUCAUGCAGAAUUACUAGAUGAUGAAAAUAAUAUUUUUUACUUCAAAUCAACGAAUAGUUCAUUACAAUAUGAUCAAUCAGAAAAAAAUUGGAUUGAAUUCAUAGUAGUUGAUGGUUCAUAUAUUCCAACUUUACAUAAUAUGAAUUGGAUUCCAAUAAGUUCAUGUUUAGAAUCAAUUCAUGGAAGUGGUGGUUAUUUAAGUAGAUAUACAAUAUUAUAUCUUGAUACAACUAUAGAAAAUAAUUUAGAUUUAUCAAUGGGAGUACCAUUUUAUUUUUCAGAAGGUAUAAGUUUAGCAAUAGGUGUAAGAAUAGGUUAUGGAAAAUUAAUUACUUUAUUAUUUAGCUGUUCAAUAAAUCCUGGUGAAAUUGGUCAAUUAUUUAUAAAACCCAAAUAUAUAAUCACACCAAAUAUAAAAUCAAUAAUUUGGAAAUUUAAAAAUAAAAAAAUGAAUAAAAUUGGUUUAAAAUAUAUUAAGCCUUUUAAAAUGUUAGUUAUUGAAACUCCAGAACAUCAAUGUUGGGUUAGUCGAGAUAUUAAUAAUUUACAGUGUUCAAAAAUCAUUGAAGAUAAAGUUGAUAUUACUAUGGAGUAA